AAACUAUAAUAUUAUGCUAUUACGAUUUACCAUAUUGUAGGAAACGGAACGUUUUUUUGAAAUGUUCUUUAAGUAUUAUUAUAUUGUGGAAUUGACUAAACGACUGGUAUUCGUUGAAUAAAUUAUAUUGUUUACUACUUGUUUUAAGCCUAUCAUUUUGAAUACGAGUACGUAAGUUAUUUAGUAAUGGCAUUAGAUUUGAAUCAAAUACCAGCCUUGCCUGCCAAAACUACAUUUGUUUUACACCUCAUAUUAAUUACUUGGGGUGUACAAGGACGAUGGAGUCCAGACUCGUAUCUUUUUUACAAUAUAAUAUUCUUGGGCUGUGUAUUGUGGGCAAUGCAUCUAACAGAAAAUGAAAAACCAGCACAGCUAGCUAUUUCUGUAAAUCUCGCAACAGUAUGUUUAGAUAUUGUUACCAUUUAUUGUUAUUUUCCCUCCUCAUUUUGGUUGUCAGAAAUAUUCAGUGUUAUUUGUGCAUUGGCAAAUGUGGUCCUGCGUUUUGUAACACUAUCAGUUCUUAGCCGAAUGUGUAUAGAUAGUAGUAAUGGAGCAACUGAUGGCAUACCACCUCCCUUACAGAAUUAUAUAAGUAGAGGGACUGCUAACCCACAAACAUAUGAAGACAUUGAUCAGCCUCCACAACAACAAGCUCCAAGCAAUGCACCUUUUUUUACACCUUAUCGAUAAAGACUACAAAGUUAUUCUAAUACAUUUUAUAUUAUGUUAGUUGUACUAACAUGAUGUUUGAAAACCGUUGUAAAAUUCGGUAAAAUGUCUCAUUAUUGUGUCAUAACUUAAAAUGUUGUUUUAAACUAGUUAUUUUAUUGAUAAAAAAAAAAAAAAAUAGAUUAUUUUUGUUUAUUGUAAUUUAUAAAUUUAUAAAAAAUAUUUUAUGAUAUAAAAAUGUAUAUUUUAAAUAUAAAAAUUAAUCAAAUUAUUUUUAAUUAUGUAAUAUAUAUUUGAUACUGUACUAAUUGCAUAGUUUGCUUGUAAUAAGUACCAAUACCAGUACUCUCUGGUCCAGUAUAUUCUAAAUUGAUUCUUUGGCAUGUAACCUUUAAACAAAAAAAAUAAAAACAUUAUAAUUUUAUUAUUUAAAAUAUUAAUAAAGAAAUAAAACAGAUUCUUAGUCAA